UCAAAUUUGUGGGAUGAUUUUUUUAGUUUUCACCAUAUCAAUGUUUAAAAAAUUUCUAAUCACGCCAUAACUCAUGGCCGCUAAAUAAAAAAAAUUCAUCGACCAGUAUGACUCCAUGCACAUAAAUAUUUUAGCGAUAAGUUGGAUAAAAAUUGGUGUCCAUAGUAGUACCGCUAACAAUACAGAAAUUUUACAAAUAAAUAUUAUUUUUUCUACAUCACAAGUUUCCUCUUUAAUAUUCUCAGCUGACUGUACAUCAAUGCAACUGUUUGUCCAUUGAAUAGCAUCAGAACUUGUGGGUUGUUCAUUUUUAUUAUCCUUUUCAUCUUCAACAGAUUCUUGUUGUUUAUCACCUGUUACUUUAUCCAUUGACUCCACAACGAGUAAAUGUUGUUUAAUAUUAAAACAGGUGUAAUUACUUUUUAUACAGCAAACAGUUGACAAUAAUAUUGAUCCAAAGUAAAUAAUAAAUAUCAAGAGAAUCAUUUCUAAUUUGCUGAAUUCAGAUCCCGGGUUUGAAAAAUACCAUUCUGGAGUAUCUUGAGAGUUAUUCAAAGCAGACUGUACUAUUUCUUGAAUUUUGAAGAUUAUUUUAUUGGUCUCUGACGAAUUUGUAGCCGUAGAUUCAACAGCAUUUAACGUGUUGUUAUUAUCAUCAUCUUGAAAUAUAAAAUCAGUUAUAUUCAUCACACUGAUAUCAUCCAAUGCAUCAAUUGUAUCUAAUCCAUCAAACUGUUCCUGUUCUGGUUUGCUAAUAUUGCUAUAACAAUCAUCAAAUGGAAAAUUCAUCAUAUCAAGACACUUUAAUUCGUAUGAUCUUACAUAACUGUUGAUAUUUUCGUAUCCAGUUAAAUAUAAUAGCAUCACUGAUACAAUUGGUACCAUCCAUUGACCAACAAUACUUAUUAUUGUAAAUAUAUUUCGGUUUUUAAAGAACCGAAAUUGCGAGUCAAGUUCUUCGAUACUUGUUGAAUAGCUGGACAUUUUUUUUGACGAUAAUAGUUCUUUUAAUUUAUUUUUAACACACCCGACGUUGUAAUUACAAUACAGUAAUUUACUAACUACAGACACAAAAUUAUUAACAAAUGGAACUAUAACUACGGCGUAGUUCAUUAAAAGACUUUUAAAAUCACAUUCGUUAGAAUCAUCUAAAUUUGUAUGAUUGUCACUGGUAUUAUUAUUGUAACCACGUAAUAUUCCGAUUUCCGUCUCUUGUUCGUUGGAAGUAAUAUUUUGUUGCUUCAGCAGUAACAGUACUCCUAUAAAAAUAUUGCUCAAGAAGUCUGAUAAAAUCAAAACAAAAAUAAAUGACUUGACGCAUUGUUUUAAAUUUUUUCGUAGUAACAGUAUUAAAGAAACAAAAGUUGAUGUUAUUAAAAUAAUUCCGAUGGUUUUAAAUACUAAAAAAAUGUCAGUCCGAAGACGAACAGAUCCUGCACCAACCCAGAGAAUAUGGGACGCAAUAAAGUUAACUGUUCACCAAAGAAGUUUGCCGAGCAACGAACGAAUAGUUCGGCAUUUUGCUCGGGUUUAUAAUAUGACCGAGCUGGCAGCUCAGGAGGAAUUGAACAAGGCUGUUGAGGAUGGUUUGGUUUUCCUGAAAAAGUCACAAUCCAAAGGAGGGCUUGACCAAGAGAGCUACCGACUGCCGUUGGACCCGAGAGAGGACGACGGUCACGAUUGGUACUGCUUCAAGUGCCAAAAAGCUGGAGUUGUUGAGACUUGUCAGACAUGCUUCCGUGUUUAUCAUCCCAGAUGCCACACUCCAAAUAAUUCUGACCAAAAAAUUUGCCAGUUUUGUGAGCAAAUCAGUGCUGAUACUUAUCAUGAUGUAAAAGCACUCAAUCAUAUCCUAGGAUUUACGUGUGGUCAUCUUAAAGCAAAAUUACCGCCCGAGAUAACAAACAGAACCAUUGUGCCAGACAGCUCGGUUGUUGAAAAACCAGCUGGUGGUUUAUGCGGACCAACUUGGAUCAGUGAAGGCGAGGAUUCCUGGCGUCCGGGAAUUUUGAUUAAAAAUCACAUGGACCUUGCUAUCAUGGAAGCCAAAACCAAGAGAAAUGAGUACAAAAGUCUCGCUGAAUUUCAGACAGAUGCACAUAAUAUAUUACAUAAUAUUAUUGUAUACCAUGGAGAAGCUUCGGUGAUCGGAGAAAUGGGUAAAAUAAUGUACCAAGAUUGUUGCUACGACUUGAAGGAAAUCCGUCGGUGCGCGGACUGCUACAGAAUAUCCAAUGAAAAAUCUGAAAAAAUGUGGUUCUGUAUACCUUGCAAUCCCCCUCAUCAGCUUGUUUAUGCCAAACAAAAAGGCUAUCCAUACUGGCCAGCUAAAGUAAUGGAGAUUAAGGGAAAUAUUUAUGACGUCAGAUUUUUUGGUGGGCAUCACAUGAGGGCUAAUAUUGAAAAAAUUUUUAUACGCUCUAUUACUUCUAGUUUACAAAGUUUACAGAUAAAAAGAUCAACCGCAUGGAACCGGGCUUUUGAGGAACUGAAGCACCACCAGAGCUUGCUGACGAAGCUCGCCAAGAGUUCUUUAUUGGUAGCUCACAAUAACAACAGCACCAAUGCCGCGGGAACGACUGACGACGUGGAGGGUCCGAAGCCGUCAAAGAUGCGGCGUCACCAGGAGUCAUCGGAGUCAUCACAAGGAUCACAGGUAGCGUCGCCGAACGGCGUGUCCCCCGUCAAACUUACAAAAGACUUGAGAGUGAGAGUAGAGAGGUUGAUGUCGGAUGGAAAUUCCGAGAUACAGCUUAAUCAGGAAAAGUCGGAGAGUGCCAACGGGGAUGGAGAUGGAGAUGGAGAUGGAGAUGGAGUCGGAGAUGGAGGACCAGACGAGAAGCCGGAGGUCAAAGACGGCAGCAGGAGCACCAGCGAGGAGCGACAAGUACCAUUCCUUCCAGUCGCUAUCGAUGAGGAGCCACCGCUGAGGAUCAGCAGCAGUACCUGUCCGGAGGGGCUCAAGAAAGAGGGCUCGCAGGAGGACAUGGUCACGUCGAGUUCCCAAGAACCCAGGUCCAAGUGCGUGCUUGUUCAAACUGAGGAAGUUCAGCCGGAGACUGCACCAGCAAAGAUGAAGAGGGAACGGAGGACUUCAGAACAAACUACAACUGCUCCAGCUUUGGAGAAACUACGCAGGGAAUUUGAACUGGAUAAAUGUCGGGAGUUGGAGAGACUCCAGGCGGAACAUGCCAAAGAAUUACGACAGCUUACGGAAAAACAUCAACAAGUUAUCUCUGAAAUUAAAAAAAAGCAAUGGGGAGUUAUUGUCCUGAGUCGUCAGUGGAAAAAUGUUUUAUACACACCUUUACUACUAGAGCAUAAUUAUAAAACAAAACACGUGAAACCACUCAACGUUACCUUUGCAGUUUCUGAUCCCGAAGACGAAAAUUUGCUGACGGACGGUGAAGGUAGUGCAGGUGACGGUGACGAUCAAGAGGUGACGGAUGAAUGCGCGAUGCUCAUCAACACGGAUAACAUUUACAAGCAUUCCCAGGUGAAGCCUGGACCCGACAAAAGUACAGGUGUUUGUGGUGAUGGUCUGACGGUGCCGGUUAGUUCUCCACGUGGUCGUGAAACUAGUCCUUUGUCUACACCAAUACCCACUGGUCCAGACUCACUAACGUCUCCCUCGCCACCUGUCGCACAUCACAAGCGAGGGAGAUCAUUGCAACCUACACAGGUACCCGUUAGCUCGCGGGCGAGUAUUGUCUUUCCAUUGCUCGCCAGCGGUGGACUGUUCAAUCAGCCACGGGAUCCUAAUAACAUCAACUAUGGAACUCUUCAAGAAGAAAAAAUGCCCCAGAUACAUGUGUCGCAAUCUCAUAAUCUGGGUUCUAAUCCGAGUAUUUAUUCCGGAGGCCACAAUAGUCCGCAUAGUACUGGCAGUAUAGAUCAAAUAAUGUCUCCGACAGCUCAUCAAUCAACACGACAAAAUAAUGCGGGUGAAGAUUUGUACAGCUGGAUGGCCAAACAGCAGGAAUUUAUCAAGGAUAAUGAAAAGAGUAAUCUUAAAGGAAAUUGGGUCUUUCGUACUGAACAAAAGGCUACUAAGGAUUCAAAAAUAAACACGAUGACAACGGAGGAUACAGAAGAUUCAGAUGUGCAAAGUGGUGCUUGUUUGUAUCCAAUGAAAGACUCACUGCGUUUAUUAGAUGCUCACUUGAUAUUUGAACCGCUGCUUUCAUCACUGUCAGUGAUGCCUCAACAAAUGUUGUCAGCAAUAGGUUCUGGCAACAUCAACAACGUGUCUUCAUUAGAGUCAUUAGGGUCUAAUUUAUCUCUAGUCGGAACAAUGGACACAAUGAGAAUAGACAUUGUAGUGAGUGAAUUUGGUAAAGUUCCGGAUAAAAAGAAAGCGACGAAACAUCCACCAAGAAAAGGAUCAAAAUUUUUUCUCGAUAUUCCUUCAGAGACUCCCGCAUUUUUGUGCGAAAAAAUUGGAAUCGACAUUGACAUCAAGAAGAUGGCUGAUAUGACAGUGGAUGAUAUGAUCCAAAGGCAAAAUGUCUUGUACAUUUCACGGGGGCAGUUGAAGAAACACACCAGCACUGUUGUCAAUUUCAGCUUAAACAUUCGUUACAUAAGUCAACAGGUCAACAUGCCAUUGCUUAGAUUGCUGCAUCAGAUAAGCAAUAUGUACCAGAAUGUUAAAGAAACGCAGAUGGAGUUGAAGGAACAGUUACCAGAGACCAAAAGAAAUGCCAAUUUAACCGUAAAUGAGAUUAAUAUAAAAAACGGUUCAUCAUCGACGUCAGAUCUUCAGGAUCAGCACCAUCUGGGUGGUUGUAACAUCAGUGAUGGUGGUAAAAAAAUAGACGAACCAUUACUGCAAUCUAGCUACGACAAUAAUCAGUCGAAAGUUUUAUCACCUUCCUCAAGUAUAAGGUCACGACCACAGAGUUUUGCUCAAAAAUUAAGAAGUACUGGUAAAAGUGUAAAAGGUUAUAUUAAUUUAAGUGAAGGUGUUAUUACUCCCAGCUUUGGUGCUAGUCCCAACGGUUCUGGCCUCGAUAAAUUCAGCGUUUUAUCCGACAAGUGUAAGGAUAAUUUUAUCUUGACUCCCCGUUGCUGGAGAACAAUUUAUUAUCUGCUAGACUUGUAUGCAACUCGACCGGAAACCAAAACCAUAACUCAUCGGUUCUCUUUGCCAGCUGAAGUUGCUGAUAAUUACAAAGGCGCCCGUAAAUAUGAAAAUUUAAUAGAAGUUAAAGAUCCAGAUAUUGAAAAAGGUUUGAACAAUGAGUCUGGUUUCACUCCAGUACCACCAGCACCACCACCACGUGAAAUGAAUGUCGUCACUGGUGAACGUACGAGAUUAAUAAUUUUUGGCGUUGCUAAAAUUCAUCGCACACGGCUGCUUGCUACUUUGAGUGGUCUUAAGUUAGAAGCUGAAAUUACUAGCCUCCAUGCAAGCUUAACGUGUCGCAAGAAAUCCAAGCCUGCGAGUCUAGAGUGCAGCUUAACCGGUCAAAUCGGUAGAACAAUGAUCGUUCUCCUGGAAGGAGUUGCUCCGAACCAACAGACGGUUGUAAAAGUUACCGUAGGAAAAUCUCAGGCUCUUUAUUCGAGUGUUACACGCCGUCAAAAGGACAAAAACAGCGGAUUAUUAACUGUCGGAGCAGUUAAUAUUGAUAUACCUCAGCACCCGGUGGCUCUGCAUGGAAUGAUGACCCGGGGUAGUAAACAAUUGUCUUCAACGCUACAAGAAUUGCGAGUUACGAGAACUUCAUCGCGUAUGUCACGUGGUCAGCAGCAAGAAGAGGCUGAUGGAUUACCGGGAAGUCCGCAUAAUUAUCCACCUGCGCCUUCUAUUGAUCUUGAAAAACCCCAGCCGGGUCCUAGUCUUCUUGAACCGAUUGUUAUGCAAUUUCAUAUUAUUUUACAGAGUCUAAGUAUUACUGCAGCGCUAUUACCUUCACUUCAAGCACAAUAUAAAAUGGAUCAAGUUAAUAGCUCGGGUAUUACUGGCAGUAAAGCUAAGUUUACGAUAGAUCUACCUCAUCAUAGUCUCAGUUUUACGACAAAACUUCAAGUGACUGAGGCUAAUUUACCGUCUGAAGCCAGCAUCGAACUUCCUAAAGUUCACGUCUCCGCUGAGUACAUACAAGACGGUAGUAAUAGUUUAAAUGACAGUAAAAUUGCUGAUGGUGUUGUUUUACGUCAAGGAAGCUAUCUCAGUGCAACUGCGGAUAUUGGAAUAUUUGAACAUUCAUUGACCACAGAUUUACUUAAUCAUUUGGUCUUUGUGCAAAAAGUUUUUAUGAAAGAAGUUAAUGAAGUUGUUCAAAAAGUAUACGGUGGUGAAAAACCCGUUCCAUUGUGGCUGGAAGAUGAAGAACCAGCGAGUUCUAGCUUGAAAAGAAUUUUAUUUUCACUCGUUAUACGUAUUAAGAGGAUACAAUUAACAGCAACAACUCCGACAAAUUCAGCAGUACGUUUGGAAACUGGUACAGUUGAACUACAAUUGUCUAAUCGGGUACAAAAUGUGUCUGGUGCAGCACAACCAAAUCCCUAUACUAAAUUAUUUGGCAAAGCUCAAGUUGAUAUUAAUCUAUCACUUGGACAGCUGCUCAAGAAUGUUAUGUUUGAAGAAGCGGAACCGGAAUUUCAGCAAUUUGCAUUUUUCAACACCCGUGUAGGUUUAAGAAAUGCUUUUCAAGAAGAAAUGGCUCAGGGUGCUGAUAAAGAGGUUGUAUUAAUUACCCUUAAACGACCGCUUAUUUAUAUUCAACCGAUGGCUGUGGAUAAAGCUAUUCUUGUGUGGCUAAAUUAUAAAAAUGCCUACGAGUAUUGGAAUGAAAAGCGUGCUAAUUUAAAUAAAGAAGUAUUGACAGCAACUCAACAGGUAUUUGAGAAGGUUCCGUUUGGACAAUUGACAAGUCAAUUGAGCUCACCAAAUUUAGGGACUCUGUUUCUUCAACUGACUGUUGAUGACAUGGGUAUUUGUGUGCCUUUAAAUCCACUGCCACCAAAUAACUGGGGAAUGACACGUGGUUUGUAUGAUGGAGAAUCACGUGGUGCUGUAGUAGUUACAUUGGUGAAUACGAGUAUAUCAGCGUGUAGCAGCGGUAGUUUAGUCAGUAAAGCUAGAUUUGUUGGCUUUUGUUUGAGAUUCGCUGAAGAUUUUGAGACAUCUUUGGACGAUUGGAAACCUGAUAUGAAUGAUAGUAGUAUUAUGAAUCUGUGUGUAGUUUCCGAAGGGACUUAUGAGGUAUGCAGUCGAACUGUUGCACAAAAACCAGAUAAAUCAGACAAUGCCAAGUGGUUAUUAAACGUUCAAUGGCAGAUGGAGGGAGUUGAUAUACACUUUGAUGUAAGCGUUGGUCAACAAUUAUCAGCUCUAGGACAUACAUUGACUAUGCUGACCGGUUCUGAAGAAGACGAUGCUAAUAUAUCAGCUGACUACGACAGUGAUGACGGUGACCAGCCGGAAAAUGGAACUAGCCAGGUUAAGAAAAAAGAGAGCAUACUGAUUAAAAAAUCGAAGAAUUGGACCGACAGCCUGCCUGCAUUUGUCUUUGACCCUUCUUUAGACGCCAAAAAACGAUCCAAGUUGAUAGAAAAAGAAAUGAACGAGCAGGCGAAGAUAAUAAACGACUUGAGGUCACUGGGAGCGUCACACGGUACAAUCGAGCAAGAAAUGAAGCGUUUGCACGAGUUAGAAGCCAUGGUGUUCAAAGACUUCCGCAGAGAUAUGAUUCAAAAGCUGAGAAGACAGUCUGUAAAAGCGUCAGGUAUAAAAGGAAAACUUGGACUUGGUAACAAGCCUAAUACUUACCGCUCGCGGUCGUUCAUAGUACCGUCUCCUACACCUGAGCAUCAACUGGAGAGCCCAGAAGACUUGAACGCCGACAUUAAUUCAGCUAACUCCGCGAGUUACGAGAGCAGUCCACGGAGUGGUCCAAGUCGGUCAGCUUCUUUAAGAGUCCGUGGGCUUGGUGGUCCUCGUGUUACCUUCAGCGAUACACACACGAUGUGUCGGCAGUCGUCACUACCAAGUGCAAGCUCGGACUUGAGUCUUCCCGAGGGUGACCUGGAGUGGCCGGAGACUUUAGACAUCGAAGGCGAACAAGUCGAGCUAAGGAAGAAACAUCGCGAUAUGAGCUGCACUUCUAGUUACGACAGCAUGGAAGGCAACGCUCCGCUGCUCGAUUCAUACGGCCGUGAACAAACUUCAACUACUUGCUCGCCUCAUAUUGCACCACAGAAACCUCAGGAGCCUAAUAUCGACUUUGAGCUUGACGUUAAAGUACUGAUCAACAGUGGAAAGUGCGUCUUGCAUACCAAAGACUCCGCCAGAGAGGAUGAACUUAAAUUACUCAGCAGAAUGAAGAAAGAACGUUCGUGUUCAGGUGGAAAUUUUGACUUUCAACCAAGCAGUCCAAGUAGCAGCAAAAAACAUCUCAGUAGCAAAGAAAAGUCAUCAACUACCAGCAAUUCACGGUUAAGAUACAUGCAGCAUGCCAGUGUACCUCUCGUUGAUCUCACAAUCUUUCAUAUUCCCGGGCUGGAUGUUAAAGUCCACUACGAGUCAAAAACUCUUCCGGAAGAAUCAAUUUCACCACGAACAUCUGCUGAGAAUAAUUUAUUAAAUCCACUGUUAAGUUCCACGGGUUUAAGAAAGCCAAGUACGAAAAAAGCAAGUUUAUUUGCUUGGAUGACUCUCCAAAGUAUUCCUGAGGAAACGAUAAUCAGCCCUCAUAUUUUGGAAUUUUUAGAACAAACUCUCGAACCGAUUCCCAGUAAAACAUUAGCAGGAGGUGGACAAGCCAGUACUGUGUUCCCAAUGGACAAUGAGAGUUCAUCUUGGGCAGCUACAGCUGCCAGUGGCAAUUACGUCUAUGCCAGCUUCCCUGUCGACGUGAUAGUGUACUUUCACAUGCAGCCUUCAACUUUCAGGUUCUCGUGUUUGCCAGUAUCGCGUGUUGAGUGUAUGCUUCAGCUGCCAUCACUGGACAUUGUUUUUUCAUCAAAACGUGCUGAAGAAGAACAGACUGAGUUCGGUGACUUUAAAUCAUCUGCUGAGUCUUCUAGUACUAGUGUUAAAGAAAGCUCAGCGGUUGGUGGAGUGUCUGUUACCGGGUGUCUAGCAGAUUUUUCUGUUUACAUAUUCCAUCCGUACGGCGGUGGUAAAAAAUCAAGUCUGAAGGAAGCUCAGUGGUCACCGCUGUCUGACAGCGAACGAAAAGACUCAUUGAGUAUAAAUGUUGAGUUUGUUAAAUUUCAUUUGUCGAGAAGUAGAAAAAUAAAUUUCCAAAGUGAGCCGAUGAAAAAAAGUAACGAUGCCAGCAGAGCUGUCAUAAGAUUUUCUACCAUAGUCGAUGUAGGCUCAGCCUCAUUUAAAUACGACAUGAGGCGAAUUACGGAGAUCCUGGCUUUUCCCAAAGCAUGGUAUCGACGUAGUAUUGUACGAAGGCUAUUUUUGGGCGAUUUAAAUUCGGGAUUCGCUUACUCCGAGGGUCAUACUGCACCGCAGAUGAAUACCGAAGAGGCGGUGAUGGGCAGUUCGCUACUGAAGCAUCAUGAUCGUCACGCGGGAGAUGGCUUGUCGAAGAGCGCGCCAGAGAGGAGUCCAACUUUGACGAGAGAUAAAUUGAGACUGAGUUUUGAUAAUGAUAUGCCGCGACAAACGCGGCUCAAAGACAUUGGACGAGGGUGGAGCUUCACUUCUGAUAAAGGACAGUCUGCAUCGGCGAUAAAAAAACGAGAGUCUGCUUGGGAGACAUUGGUGUUAUUUGCUGUUAAUUUCACACGACUGAAUGUUCAUAUGAAUAUGGGCAAUGUGAUGGGAAAUGUUGCUUGGAUGACCAAAGACUUUCGCUCUGAUGGUAGACUUUCUAUUGGCAGUACAGGUCAUAAGAAUUUAUACAUUGGAAUCGGGCUUGGUGGGUCUAGCUUGGACGCUAAAGGUGGUUUCGUUGGAGGUACUAUAGAACUAAGUAAAAUUGACACGUAUAUUCACAUUCGAGAAGAGCCGGGUACUGAACCUGAUCAUACACUAGGGCUGAAAUUAUUCGCGCUGGAAUUGAGACUAGAUUACAUGGGAACCAGUGUCUUAAUGACUCGAGUUUCCUCGCUAGACGUGACUCUGAGGGACGAGUGGAAGAUAAAUCGCAGUAAUGCCGGCGACGCUUUUAUGCCGACACGUAGACCUGCUGUGAUAUUUAUGCACGGCGACCUUGGCUGGGAUCAAUUGCAAAUAAUGAUCAGCAAAUCGACAACCGCUGAUCUGCUGAAGAUGUUUCAUAAACUUGAUGAAUUCUUCAGUCAGCAGUUUAAAAACAGCAAGCGAGUGUUCAGUUCGCUGCAGACUAACAAAAACCAACGGGUUACGAGUAACAGUUUUAAGAAGCGAGGACAGAAGAAAACUCGCGGGGCAACUGGAGCUGAAGCUGCCUGGACCAUGAACCCUACUGCGAUGUCCGACGCACGUCAUCAUCGACACUGGCAGCGAGUGCUGGCUCAAGUUGCUGGGCUUCAGCUUGGAAGCUUGAGGUUUUCUCUGCCGACCAACGGCACCGUCCUUGGUGGUACCAUGGAGCUACACGGGUGCAAUAUCAGCCUCGCUUGCUUCCACGGGAUAAACUUUAAAAGUAAAAGCUGGGCGCUGUUUUCGCUCAAAGAACCCUGCAUUAGUUUUGCUACCGAGGCUCAAGAAAUUCCGAGUGUAGAGUCUCCUAAUACUUGUGAUGUUCAUGUGGUGCAAACUCUGACUAUUAGUUUGGGACAACAGCAAGAACAGCAUGCUAGACAUCUUUCUAUGGGGACUGUUUGUCGGCUGAGUAGAAGUGUCCUUUUUCCACCUCAGUUCAAAUCGCUACAAGAAUGGUUCCAUUAUGCUUUUGCUAAUAGUGAAAUUGAUGAGACAACGGCUGACGGCAACACAAGCCGCGGUAGAAGCACAUCAUCGACAUCCGGAAAACUUCAAGAGCACUCACAUACACGCGAAAUAAUAUUCGCGUUACCGUCGUUACAGCUGCAUCUCAAAACGGAACAUUUACAAACAGCCAAAACACCGGAUGUUAUAAGCGAGAAACCACUGGUAGAAUGCAGCUUUAUCACGGAAUUCGAGGACCACAUAUUCGUUACUGUAGAUGCAGAGGCAUUUUUCUUUUUGCACGAUCUCAUCAGUUCUUAUCACAAAGAAAAAGAACGAGUGUACGCUACCCAAGGUGCAGGAGCAUCAAGAGCUUACAGCCCAGAUCCACAGGAUAAAAAACGUGCUACUACAAUUACUGCGAGUGCUUCAACAUCAUCAGCUACUUCUUCAACUAUGACUGAGGAAGAGAAGAAACAAUCAAAUAAACAAUUUGAUCCUGCUGAAAUUAUUGAACCAUAUGGUAUUGACUAUAUACUUCAAAAAUUAGGAUUUUCACAUGCGCGUACGACAAUACCUAAGUGGAUACAACGUGGGUUCAUGGAUCCACUUGACAAAGUACUAGCAGUUCUUAUGCUGAGAAUGGUGAUGGCUGUCCGUGAAGAUCCUUCUGAUAAUAAUAAGUAA